AUGAAUCGGGACAAGGUGCAGCUGCCGGGCGACGGCCCUGUGGUGGCCCACGCGCCCGGCGUGACCGCGCAGCAGCCCCCCGUGGCGGUGAGCGCCCCCGAGGCCGCGGACGCCCAGAGCGGCGACAAGCGACUGUCGCUGUCGGGGAGCGACGUGUCCUCCGUCUUCUCGCGGGACACGCGCGACAAGCACGCGCGGGACAGCCGGGAGAACUCGCCGAGGCGCGAGCCCGCCGUGGUCGCGGCUCCGACCGCCCACCGGACCACCUCCUUCUCGGUGCUGGACAUUCUGGACCCGAACAAAUUCACCAGUAAGAAGCAGGCGCCCAACAGGACGUCCCACGGCUACUCGGCGGGCGCGGAGAACAGGGCGGCCGAGGACGCGGCCGCGGAGCGCAAAGCGUUCGCGGAAGAGUACGAGGGCUGCAAAAAGGGCGCGGGACUCUUGAAGGACGCCUACCCCUACGGCUCGGACCCGUGCGACAAGGACUUCGCGCGCGGCCUCCUGCACGCCGACAGCGAGCCCCACGACGAGCUGUGCAGCGAGGCGAGCAGCGGCGCUCUGGCCGCCAGCGGGGACUCCGAGCUCGGGCAGCCCGAGGACGACGAGUCGGGGACGCGCGGCUCGAGCCCGGCGCUGCAGCCGACGGCGGCGGGGGGGGCGGCGGGGGUGUCGGCGGCGGCGGCGCACGGCGCGCAGGCCCAGCAGGCGAAGCCGAAGCGGAAGCGCUCGGGCUCCGACUCCAAGUCGGGCAAACCGCGGCGCGCGCGGACAGCGUUCACGUACGAGCAGCUGGUGGCGCUCGAGAACAAGUUCAAGUCCACGCGGUACCUGUCCGUGUGCGAGCGCCUCAACCUGGCGCUGUCGCUGAGCCUCACCGAGACCCAGGUCAAGAUCUGGUUCCAGAACCGGCGCACCAAGUGGAAGAAGCAGAACCCGGGCGCGGACACGAGCGCCCCCAGCGGCGGGGGCGGCGCUGGGGGCUCGAGCGGCGCGGGGGUCACCGGGGGCGGCGGAGGCCUGGGCGGCCUGAGCCCGCUGAGCCCGUCGCCCCCCAUGGGGGCCCACCUGUCCAUGCACGCGAGCUACCCGGGCCACGCGGCCGGCGGCCUCGUGUGCCCCACGCAGAUCCCGUUCCUGCCGGGCCACGCGGUGCUCUCGCCCUUCGUGCUGGGCUCGCAGACUUACCCGACACCCGCCUUCUACACGCCGCACCUGUGAGCGCCGCGAGCGCGAAACCCCGCCGGUUGUUUUUUUGUUUGUUUUCUUUGUUUGUUCGUUUUUUUCUUUUUUUCUUUUUCCCAAAUCAAAUUAAACGCCCCCACCGCCUCUUCAAAAAAAAAAAAAAAAAAAAAAAAAAA